AGUGUCACUCGUGGAAUAAAGAAUCGAACGUCAACGCUACAAUCUGACAACACAAAAAUACUCUCACACGCAUUCAUCAAAAUCAAAAUCGUCGUCUCUCUUCGCCUUCAACGCCUCUUUAAUUUCCUUGACCUAAGUGCUUUGCCUCAAUUACUUCAAUAACUUUUGAUUGUCUAGUGAAGAUAUCCCUUUUAUCAUAGAGAAUUUCAUAACAUCUUCGUUAUUAUCUAGACUAGAAGAAUAAUAAUAAUGGGGUGUUGCAGUAGCAAGGGGGCCGCAGAUACUAAAGCCACCCGCAUGGCCCGAUGGCGUUCAACUGGCAUCGUUGCUUUACGCGACUCCAAAUUAAAGUCUUUUCCUGAUGAAGUUAUUUGCCUGGAGAGAUCUGUACGCACCCUAGACUUGACACACAAUAAAUUGGUUCAAAUUCCCAUGGAGAUCAACAAGCUAAUUAACUUGCAGCGUCUUAUUUUGGCUGAUAACCUUAUUGAGCAUCUCCCCGUGAACCUGGGAUUGCUUCAGUCUUUGAAAGUUGCAACACUUGAUGGGAAUCGAAUCACAGCAUUUCCUGAUGAAUUGGGCCAGUUGGUGAAGCUUGAGCGUUUGUCUGUCUCAGCAAACUUGUUAAUGAGCUUGCCUGAGACCAUUGGGAGCUUACGGAAUUUGGUGCUGUUGGACGUUUCAAACAAUAAGUUAAAGUUUCUUCCUGAAUCAAUUGGAAGUUGCUUCUCUUUGGAAGAAUUGCAAGCAAAUGAUAAUUCUAUUGAAGAGCUUCCUGCAUCAGUUUGCAAUCUUGUUCAACUAAAGUCACUGUGCCUGAACAAUAACAAUCUCAACCAGAUGCCUCUAAAUUUAUUAAGAGAAUGCAAGAGCUUGCAGAACAUAGCCCUGCACGGAAAUCCCAUUUCCAUGGACCAAUUUCAACAGAUGGAUGGUUUCAAGGCAUUUGAAGCCCGCCGUAAACAAAAGUUUGAUAAACAAAUUGAUUCAAAUGUGAUAAUCAGUUCUAAAGGGCUUGAUGAGGGUGUUGACUUGUGAUUCCUCUCCACAGGCAUUUGCUAUUAAAUUUGUUGAGGUUGGAUGGAAUUGUGACAGUUUAGACUUUGAUGAAAGGCUGUUGAUUCUGCUGAUUUGACAUGACUCAUUUUCAAGCCUUUCUAUAGUUUAUCAUGGGUUGUAAGCUUUGACUUUUGCGUGAUUGUAUCAGUGCUGAGUUUAUAAUGAUUGUAAAUGAUUCAACCUAACGAUUUCCUUCACCUUUUUGAUAAUUUUGUACGUUUAGUGAGCAAAUCACUUAAAACCAUUUUUAAUAGGUGCCAAUUUUUUGUAACAUGGAUGUCUCAUUUAUAAUAUGUUAGGACUGUAUAGAUUGUCCUUAUGAUGUAUCCAAGAGUAUAUGAAAUGGCUGAAAA